CGUCAAACUCAAUAUGGCGAACCAGGAAGAUUCAGCAUUUGAAAUCCCUCUUAAACGUCCCAGGCUUGAUGGGACUGAUUGUGAGGGUCCACCUAGUCAAGGUGGAACCUUGUUAGAUACUUGUGAAAGUAAAGACACAACUAAACCUGACAACCUCGGAGGACCGAUUGGAGGUACAGCAUGUCCAUAUCCAUCAGCCUUGGUGUCAUCAGAGAUGACAGAGACAGACUCCAUGAAAGUGAAUGAUGGUUCCUCAUCGGAAGAGGUGGAUAUAACAACAGGUGACAAUUCUGACAAUUCUGACAAUUUGAGUGACCUCUCUGGUAUGAGUGAAGAUGCAUGGAAGCCGAUUGCAGCAGGUCCACUUUCCUGGGUACAGCGGCAGAUGUCUGAUGGACAGAAUCCACGGGACAUUCUCAGGGAGUUGGUGACAGCUGAUGCAGUUAUCUCCCCUGAUCUGGAUGACUUCACCUUGUGGCAGAUAAUCAUUAACCUCAUGUCAGAGCCACCUAAACGCAAGAAACUACACAACAUAAAUACUCUGGACGAUGUGCUGGACCUGAUGAGAACUUGCAAGAAGAUUAUGGUUCUCACUGGUGCUGGAGUUUCAGUCUCCUGCGGUAUUCCGGACUUCCGAUCACGGAAUGGUAUCUAUGCACGAUUGGCAGUCGACUUCCCAGACCUUCCAGAUCCACAGGCUAUGUUUGAUAUCAGAUAUUUCCAAAAUGACCCACGGCCAUUCUUCAAAUUUGCAAAAGAAAUCUACCCAGGCCAGUUUGAACCAUCUCGAUGUCACAAGUUUAUCCAGUUGAUAGAGCAACAUGGCAAGUUAUUGAGAAACUACACGCAGAACAUUGAUACCCUGGAACAAGUGGCUGGCAUCAGGAAUGUCAUACAGUGUCAUGGUUCUUUUGCUGGUGCUACAUGUAUGGUGUGCAGGCACAAAGUCACUGCUGAGGAUGUUAAAGAAGACAUCUUUAACCAGAUAAUCCCACGCUGCCCAGUGUGUCCGGCAGACUCUCCUAUGUCCAUAUUGAAACCAGACAUUGUAUUUUUUGGUGAGAGUCUGCCUGAUGAGUUUCAUCGUCAGAUGGCUGAAGACAAAGACGAGUGUGAUCUUCUCAUUGUUAUCGGGUCCUCCCUCAAAGUCAGGCCUGUUGCCCUCAUUCCAAAUUCCCUCCCAUCCAGUGUACCUCAAAUCCUGAUCAACCGAGAACCUUUGUCUCACAUGAACUUUGAUGUGGAGUUGCUGGGAGACUGUGACUGUAUUAUCAGUGAACUCUGCAAGCGGUUAGGGUCAGGCUGGUCCCACCUUGCAGACAAAACACCUCCCCUUGUACAGAUCCGACGGACAGAGCUGGCCACGCCCCCCUCUCUCAGUGCAGUCAUGUCAGGGGUAGAUCUCACUGAGAACAUGAAUCACAAAGACACAGAUAGUGCAGUGACAACUGAAAACACAAUCCUACCACAAUCAAGUCCAUGUUUGUCAAACGAUGCUGGUGUUAAAGCUGAUGUUAAAAUGUGUGUUGAUACUGAUGUUAAACCAUCAGUUGUUGCAGAUGUUAAUUCUGUUGCUGCAGACAUUGAUGCAUCACUUGUAGCUGGUGUUAAGACAUUGAUUGCUGCUGCUGCUGAAGCAUCAUCUCUUAUUGAGGCAAAAACAUCGAUUGCUGCUGAUGUCAAAUCAUUAGUUAAUGCUGAUGUUAAGCCACCAGUGGUUACUGAUAUUCAAAGAUCUGGUGCUGAAUCUGACUCUUCAAGUUUUCCAAGAGAUACCUUGGAAGUGUCUCAUAAAAGUAACACUAUUGAAAUUAGUAGAGAGUCAAAAGCAGAUGUUACCACGACUGACAACAAGAGUGAAAUAACAGAACAAACACAUACGGAAUCAGGCAGUGAGAGUUAUCUCCCCUAGCAAGGCCCACAAGAUAUUGUGACAGGGGAGGAGGAGGCAACAGUGACUGAGGAGGAAAAAGAGCUGUAUGGAGCUCUGGACACAUCGCUGCAGGAGAUGCAGAAAAUGUGGCACAUCCAUGAGAGGGAAAGUGUUGCCAAGAGGCUGCAAGAUGACCAGUUCCUGUUCCUGCCACCCUGUCGGUAUGUGUUCCACGGGGCUGAGGUCAUGUCGAUUGAAGAAGAGUCAGAGGAGAGUGACCAGGACUCGUUAGUGUCCGAGUCCGUGACCUGCACACCAGUCAGUGUGGGGAGGACACUGUGGAAGAGGAUAACACCAAGCCCCACCCACACACUGACUCGGGGAACACUGAGACUACAACAGACAUUAAACUGUUUGAGGCAACUGGAAUCACAGACGUUGGGAAAGAGGCUUGUACUUAGGUGGCAGUCUAUCGUUGUUUGUCCACAUACUGCUCUCAUUCUAAACCACAUGCGUCAAGAUUUCACAUACAUUGUAGCUGUUCGUCAUAGUGUAUUGGAGUCAGGAGUUGGAACCAAAGAUCACACAAGACUGCCAAAACAUUUUACAUUUACAGAUAUUUUUAGUUACUGCAGGUAUCAUUAUUAGUAUUAAUCGUAAUUAUAAAUAUCAAAUGUAACAUACAGCUUGCACCGUGGAUUUGAGAGGGUUUUUCGGUUUAUUUACAUAUCAGUAAGUAGGUUGAUGGUAGACGUGAGUAUACAGAGUAAACAAGAUGAAUCAAACCAAACAAUAAGGCAGGGCUCCAGAUUUUUUC